AAACUUCACAUAUAUCUUUUCUAUGAACGUAAAUGUGUGUUCAAUUUCUGAAAUCUCGAUUUCAUAGAUUUCAUCUUGGUCUGGUUAGAGCUGUAGCCUUUCUAGGGUUUUUCCCCACCUUCAAGGUUCACUUUUUUGCAAAGUUGUGUGUGUGAUUUUGAGUAUUUGAAAUUCAAUAAUAAUUUUUUUGGGUUUGGUUUCUUGAUUAAAUGAUUGUGAUGGGUUUUGUUUCUUGGUGGGUCCUCUUGAAUCCUCUCAUCGUCAAUUAAUUUCUUCCCUCUGUUUUUUUUUUAAUCUUUUUCUGUAACCUUUGAGAUCUUCAAGAAGAAGGAGAAAAAAAAGUGGUUGACUCUUGCAUAAGUUUUGCCAUAAUUUAGUCACAGUGGGACUAAGUUUUUCCAUUCUUGGAAAAAUCCUUCUCGAUUCUUGUACCCGAUGAACAAUCCAAAAGAGCUGCAGGCGGAGAAAAUGUUUCAGCCAAACAUGUUGCUUGCGGACAUGAACAAUGCGGAGAACGACAACGACGACGACAACAACAACAACAACAUCAUGAACAGUGACAACAACAUCAUCAUCAAUGGCGGUAUUCUUAGGGACGACGAGUUCGACAGUGCCAACACUAAAUCGGGAAGCGAAAAUCAAGAAGGAGGGUCGGGAAACGAUCAAGAUCCUCGUCCGAGUAAGAAGAAACGAUAUCAUCGCCACACCCAGCAUCAGAUCCAGGAAAUGGAAGCUUUCUUCAAAGAAUGUCCACACCCAGAUGACAAGCAGCGGAAGCAACUGAGCCGAGAAUUGGGUUUGGAGCCUCUCCAGGUCAAAUUUUGGUUCCAGAACAAACGCACGCAAAUGAAGAACCAUCACGAGCGCCAUGAGAACACACAGCUUCGGACAGAGAACGAGAAGCUUAGGGCGGACAACAUGAGAUAUCGAGAAGCUCUUGCCAAUGCCUCAUGUCCUAACUGUGGAGGUCCAACCGCCAUUGGAGAGAUGUCCUUCGAUGAACACCAUCUCCGCCUUGAAAACGCCCGCUUAAGGGAGGAGAUCGACCGCAUCUCUGCCAUUGCGGCCAAAUAUGUCGGGAAACCGGUCGUGAGCUAUCCCCUAAUGACCCCUCCUCUUCCUCCACGUCCAUUGGAACUCGGCGUUGGAAACUUCGGAGGGGACUCUUAUGGAAACUCGGGCGACCUUCUCAGGUCAAUUGCUGCUCCGACAGAGGCUGAUAAGCCAGUGAUCAUUGAACUGGCUGUGGCUGCAAUGGAGGAGCUCAUCAGGAUGGCUCAAGUCAACGACCCUCUUUGGCUCCCGGGUCUUGAUGGCUCGAGUUUGGUUCUGAACGAGGAGGAAUAUGUACAGAUGUUUCCUCAUGGUAUCGGUCCUCGGCCUGCUGGGUUUAGGUGUGAAGCUUCAAGAGAAAGUGCUGUGGUGAUCAUGAAUCAUAUCAACAUCGUUGAGAUUCUUAUGGAUGUGAAUCAAUGGUCCACCGUGUUCUCUGGGAUGGUAUCAAGAGCGUUGACUUUGGAAGUUUUGUCAACGGGAGUAGCUGGAAACUACAAUGGAGCUCUGCAACUGAUGACUGCUGAAUUCCAUGUCCCGUCGCCGCUGGUCCCAACCCGUGAAAGCUACUUCGUCCGCUACUGUAAACAGCAAGUAGAUGGUUCGUGGGUUGUGGUCGACGUUUCCUUGGAUAGUCUCCGUCCGAACCCCACAAGCAGGUGCCGCAGACGGCCCUCUGGGUGUCUGAUUCAAGAAAUGCCAAAUGGGUACUCUAAGGUUACUUGGGUGGAGCAUGUGGAAGUAGACGACAGAGGAGUUCACAGCUUGUACAAGCAGCUCGUUAAUAACGGGCAGGCCUUUGGUGCUAAGCGUUGGGUCGCUACGUUGGACCGCCAGUGCGAGCGGCUCCCCAGUGUCAUGGCUACGAACAUUCCCACCGGAGACAUUGGCGUGAUAACGAACCAAGAAGGGAGGAGGAGCAUGCUGAAGCUGGCGGAACGGAUGGUGAUAAGCUUCUGCUCGGGAGUGAGCGCUUCCACUGCGCAUACUUGGACAACAUUGUCGGGGACAGGUGCCGAUGAUGUGAGGGUUAUGACGAGGAAGAGCUUUGAAUGCGUUGUGGGUCGAGUGUGUAUGUACAUCUGUAUCCCUGUCCCUCCCAAGAGAGUCUUUGACUUCCUCCGGGACGAGAAUUCCCGAAACGAGUGGGAUAUUCUCUCAAAUGGAGGAGUAGUUCAAGAGAUGGCACAUAUUGCUAAUGGCAGGGAGACUGGAAACUGCGUCUCGCUUCUUCGGAGCGCGAAUUCGAGCCAAAGCAACAUGCUGAUUCUGCAAGAGAGCUGCACCGACGCAACGGCAUCCUUCGUGAUCUACGCACCGGUCGACAUUGUGGCUAUGAACGUAGUGCUGAACGGAGGAGACCCUGAUUACGUGGCUCUUCUUCCUUCGGGUUUCGCCAUUCUGCCCGACGGGACAUCUCCUCAUCCAGCUCCUGCAGGUGCCAGUAAUGGCGGGUCGAUGGGCGAUGGCGCGGGAGAAGCCGGUGGGUCCCUCCUGACCGUUGCGUUUCAGAUUCUUGUUGAUUCAGUCCCGACAGCUAAGCUGUCCCUUGGCUCAGUUGCAACUGUUAACAAUCUGAUUGCUUGCACUGUGGAGAGGAUCAAAGCUUCACUGUCUUGUGAAAACGCUUGAACUCCCCCCCCCCCCAGAGAUUUCUUCUGAACUCUUUUAGGAAAUAAGAACAUGGAGACAGAGUAAAGUCAGGUUUGAAGAGAGUUUUUUUUUGUGUGUGAGAAAGGGAAUGCUCGGAAGGGGAGGAGUCAAGAGCGAACCUCACAAGAAUACCAGAUUUCUUUUGUUUAGUGUUGAGUUCUCUUCCUUCCCGCUGAACUCAAAACUAAACAGAGGGAGCUUUUUCACACAAGUGAAAAGUCAAAGGGUUACGAGGUUCGGGAAUUGACUUUCCCCUUAAGUUACUGAUUUAGUGGACAGGGAAUGUAGUUAAGACAUGUUGAAGGACGUCUGCUGUUACAGUUGUCUUUAAGACUCUUGGUCGGGAACUCUUCAGGGAUUGUGUUUUCCUUUUUCCUUUUAGGGUUUUCAAGUCAUUUUCUUCUUCUGGUU